CGUUUUCUUCUCUAGCGGCGACAAACGGCAGAUUUUUUUUUUCUCCCGUUCUUCUUCUCAAGCAGCCCUCGUUUUCUCCUCCCGCACCUCUUCUCCUCCUCCAGCAAGGGCAGAGCACUGUUUUCUCCUUUGCUUCCUCUUCUCUGCUUCUCGGCAGCACUGUUGGAGCUCCUCGGAGUUCGCCGGAGCUCGCCAAACCACCGGAAGAAGAGAGGAAACAAAACCCUAGUUGCUCUCUCCUUUUUCCCCACCAACAGCAGCAUUUUUUGCUGCAUUUUGUUUCCUCCAACAGCAGCCCUAGCUGCUGCCCUAUUCUUGGCAGUACCGUUGGAGUUCGCCGGAGCUCGCCGGAGCUAGUUGAGGUGGCCAACGACAAAGGGAAAGCAACCCUAGUUGCUGUCCUCAUUUCCAGCAGCCACACAAAACCCUUAGAAGAUCCGAGCUCGAGUGGAGCACGGUGACCUGCCGAUACUCGGAGAUUUUUGCUGUAUAUAAGUUUUGCAGACACAGGGAUCCUUUUGAUAUUACUGUUGAUUUUGGACUUUCGUAGAGUUGCUCAGAGAUCUCGACGUGCUGAUUUUCUGGCAAUGCCACGAGCCCGUGGUCGCGGUUGGGGCAGUAGCCGUGCCCGUAGUCGCAGUCGUGGUCGCGACAGUGGUAGUGGUCGCGGUCGUGGUCGUGCAUGUCAGCGUGCCACUACUACUGAUCUUGGUUUGGAUGAGGCUCCUAUCUCCCCAUCUGAGUUGAUACCGGGAGCUCAGGUUGGUCCCAGUAUUGGAGUCGGUGGUCAGACUGAGGGACAACCUCAUCUUGUUGCAGCUCAGGUAGCCGUACCAGCCAUUCCUACAGCAUCGUUUAUUAUGGAAAAGGCCCGUAUUCCUUUGCUUGCUAGUUCAGCAAAGGAUCGUUUUACGCUGUUCCAUGGAGGCACCGAUCCUUGGGUGGCGCGUACAUGGUUGGAGGAUAUUGAGGGCACUUUUGGGUACAUGUCCUGUUCAAACACAGAGAAGGUAGAGCUAGCCGCUUAUCAUUUUCGAGGGCAAGCAUCCACCUGGUGGAAGAUGCAAAAGACAGUCUUUGGGGAUCAGAUUAUCUCUUGGCAGUCUUUUCGAGAGGCGUUCGAGAGACAGUAUUUUCCUGCAGCAUUUUGUGUUGCUCGACGCCAGGAAUUCAUGAGUCUCAAGCAGGGUGACCGAAGCGUGCUAGACUAUAGUGCAGAAUUUAGCAGACUUGCUGAGUUUUGCCCACAUAUGGUUGCUCAGGACUCAGACCGUAUGUUUCACUUUACACAGGGACUGGCAGCAUAUAUUCGGAUCAGGAUGUCUGGAUUUCCUGUUACUACUUAUCGAGAGGCACUUGAUCGAGCCAUAUUUAUUGAGAUGACUCAGCAGCAAGUCUCUCAAGAUAGAGAAGCCAGCCGACAGACCUCGCAGAGCUCACACUCUAGACAGCAGAGUCGAGGUCGUUGA